UGAAACCAAUCGGGGCAGCGCCGAGAUCUUGGCGUACGUAGGAGAUUUCCAUGCCGGCGCCAACACAUCAGACAACGCCCAGUAUUAAUCGUCUGCAUACGACUCGCUUUUCACCGGGGCCCGGUUGGCCGAGAAAGAGAACAGGAAAAAAACGAAGGAGGAAACGCAUCCAGAUCCUGCCGAUCACACAACAGCAAACGCCGAAACAGUUUAACGCCUAAGCCCCGAAAAGCCGUUGAUAAAUUACAACGUGAAUUACAGAUACCUUCGUUUUCCGUCGUGUAUCUUGUUUUUCAAGGACAUGGGCCAGCAAACUCGUGUGGCGGUCGUGACGGGCACGAAUCGCGGCAUUGGCCUCGCCAUCCUGCGAACGCUCGCCUCAGGCUGGGCCGGGCCGCUAGUGGUCUAUGCGGCGAGCCGGAGCGGGACGCUGCCCAGCGGCGUGUCGGCGCAGCCGCACGUCAAGGUGCUCCCGGCCAGGCUGUCGCUGCGCGACCCGGACUCGAUCGAGGCGCUCGCGUCGCGCGUGGCCAAGGAGCAGGGCGUGGUGGACGUGCUCAUCAACAACGCGGGCGUGUACCACUACCGCGAGGGCAUCAGCGACGAGGAGCGGGCCGAGACGCUCGAGACCAACCACCGGGGCACGCUGCGCAUGUGCCAGGCCUUCCUGCCCCUGAUGCGCAGGCCGGGCGGGCGCGUCGUCAACGUCUCGUCGCAGGCCGGGCGGCUGCGCUGGUUCGCGCCGCACCUGCGCCCGCGCUUCCUCGCCAAGGACCUGACCCUUGACGCGCUCGACUCGCUGGUGCGCGAGUACGACGCGGCGGCGGCCCGCGGCGACGAGGUCCGGCUCGGCUGGCCGGCCCAUGCCUACUCGGUCAGCAAGGCGGCCCUCAACGCCUCCACCCGCAUCCUGGCCAAGGAGCACCCGGGCGUGCUCAUCAACUGCUGCUGCCCCGGCUGGGUGUCGACGGACCUCGGCGCCCAGGCCGGCCCGCCGCCCAAGACCCCCGAGGAGGGCGCCCGCAUCCCGCUCCACCUUGCUUUUGGAGACAUUGGCGACGUGACCGGGCGUUACUGGGCCAACGAUUCGACUGCAGACACUGGCGUGGGAAAGGUACAGCAGCCGUGAGAUGAGGCUCGUCAAGGAAGGGGAAAAAGGGGGGGGGGAGGACCGGGGGGGUACGUACACUGCCGUGUACACUAACACUGGAAGGUGUGGGGAGGAAAGAAAUGCCGGUGGAGAGGGAAGGGAAGGGUUAUUGCUGACUCAGAUUCCCCCCGCAUAACAGAUGCGGUGCGGUACUGUCGUAUAGAUGUAUGCAGUCCCUUACACUUGUUUGGUUGUAUAAUGUUCGUAACCUUCGAGUAUGUAUGUAUUUCGCACUACAUUUCGUUACCGUAUGUAUUUACCUGUAUGAAUGUAUGGAAUGUACGGA